AUGUCCUUGGCAAAAAACACCAAUACCGAGGAAAUUGAGUUGAUGCGUAAGCUUCACGGCAAGCUUAUUCUUGACGAAAGUGGCUUCUUCCAAAAAGUGACCCAGAAGAAUUCAUCUCUAAACGGAAAAGCUGCGGAUACCUAUUACCAGAACUGGAAAGACCAAAACAACCUAAAGAACAAUGAGAAGGAUGUAGAAAGCCGUCGUGAACAUGCUCAGACAAUGACAAACUCAUUCUAUGACUUGGUAACAGAUUUCUAUGAAUAUGGUUGGGGACAAUCUUUCCAUUUUGCAAAGCUGUACAAGGGUGACACAUUCGAAGAAAAUAUUAAGCGCCAUGAAAGCUUCUUGGCUCUGAAACUCGGAUUGAAGAAGGGAAUGAAAGUAUUGGAUGUUGGCUGUGGUGUUGGCGGUCCUUUACGUGAGGUUGUCAAAUCAUCUGGAUAUGCUCAUGUUACUGGCAUCAACAACAACGCUUAUCAGAUUGAACGUUGCCGUGCUUACUCCGAAAAGUAUGGCUUAUCUGCAUACACCGACUUCAUUAAAGGAGACUUUACCAAUAUGCCCGUUGAGGAUCACACAUUUGACUCUGUAUUCUCUGUUGAGGCUACUGUACAUGCCCCGAAGCUCGAGAUGGUAUACGGAGAGAUUUAUCGCACACUGAAGCCUGGAGGACGAUAUGCAUGCUAUGAAUGGUGUACUACUCCAUCUUAUGACGAAAACAACAUCAACGAGAAGAAGAUUAUUCACGGCAUUGAACAAGGAAACUCAAUUUCCAAACUCUACACCACUGAAGCAUGCCUUGCAGCAGCAAAAUCUGUUGGGUUCAAGGUCAUUGAAGAAGGGGAUGCGGCUAUUUUGGAUGCAGCAACUGAACCAUGGUACAACACCUUAAAAAAGCCAGAGGGGCUUCGUGGUAUUCUUCGGUCCCCCUAUGGACGCUUUUACACUAACACACUACUUACCGGCCUCAGUAAAUUCAAUCUUGUCCCCCCUGGUGUAUUAGAGACAUCUCAGCUACUCAAUUCCGCUGCAGAUACACUUGUGGCAGGCGGAGAGAUGGGCAUCUUUACACCAAUGUACUUUUUCCUUGUUGAGAAACCACUUGACGCAUCUUCAUAA